CUUAAAAUAAUGCAGCAAUUAUAUGAACUCCUCCUUACAUAAUAAGAAUCUCUUCCUGAAUUAACUUAUUCUGUUGUAUAUAGACAUUAAAGUGGAUUAGAUGGAUUGGAUAACACAUUCACUAAUUCAAAUUAAAUUUCUGAUCAUACUACAAUAAAAUGUAUGGCUGUCUCAAAAUAUAGUAUUGUGGUAUAUAAGUUAUUAAAAUGUAGUAUGGAGGAGAUUUUGGAGUAAUACAUAGUGGGAAAAGAACAUAUCAUAUUGAUUUAAAAGUGAAUUCAAUUUCAUUCUCUCCAGAUAAUGAAUAUAUAAUUUUGUCAGGAAAGUCAACUUAUUUAUUUUCUAUAAAAACAGAAAAUUUUGUUAAAAUGUUUCCUCAUGAAGUAAAAUUUGAUUCAACAGGAUCUCUAUGUUUUUGCAAAGGAAUAGUUUAUGAAACAGCAACUUUCUAAUAAAUUAAACAAUUUAAAUGUCCAGAGUAUGGAGACUUUACAAUUUCAAUUUUAAGGGAUUCAUUAUAUUUAUCAUCAGUUACAUUAAUAAAGCAUUUAGAAGAUUUAAAAGAUUGUAGAUUACUAAUUGAUAACUAUGAUACUAAUUAACAUUUCGAACAUUCAAUUCCACCUUCGAAUGAAGUUAAAUAAUUAUGGUCAGAUGAUGGAAAAAUAUUAUUAAUUUGGUCAUAAACAUUAGAUGAUCAUACUAAUUAAAGUUAUUUUGGUACUCAUCAUUUAAAUCUUUGGAUUGAAGAUUAAUUAUUAAAUAUAGAAUUAUUUGAAGGGCCAAUACAUGAUGUUUAAUGGGUUUAAAAUGGAUUUAUAGUUAUAAGUGGAUAUAUGCCAGCAGGUGCAAUAUUAUUUAAUAAAUAAGGACAAAAAGAAUAUUUAAUACUAUAAGCUCAUAUAAACUCAAUUUAUCCUAAAAAUAAUUUAGUAGCUCUUUGUGGUUUUGGAAAUCUGACUGGAGAUAUAUACAUAUAUGACUUAAAUAAUAUAAAAAAAGUUGGUUAAACUAAAUAAGAUAAAGUAGUAUAAUUUGAAUGGAGUCCGAAUGGAUAAUAUUUUUUAUUAGCAACAACCUUUCCAAGAUUAAGAGUUGAUAAUCAAUUUUUAAUAUGUUCAAAAUUUGGAGAAUUUCUACACAAAUAGAAAUUUGAAGAACUUCAUGAGAUAAAAUGGGUUAAUGAUAGUAAUCUAAAUAUUUAAGUAAAUAUAGUAGAAGAAGUAAAAUAAUCGAAACAAAUAAAUUUAACAACAGGAGUUGGUAUGAAAAUUAAUAUAUUUUCUAGACUUUAUCAAAUAAAUGAAAGAAGCCAAAGUCAAUGAUUAACCAAGAAAAUUAGAGAAAGAUGAAAAAUUAUCAACAUUAAAUUGUACAACCUAAAAUUAACAAAAUGUUUAAUUAGUUUAAACUCAAGUGAUUACAAAAACAGUACCUCAGAAAUAAAUAUUUAUGAGAAGAUAAGAACCAAUAAUUCAGUAACCUAGUAUUGAAGAAUUGGAAUUAUAACAUCAAUAACUAAUAUAAUAAUAAUAAUAGAUGAAAUUAGAGAAAAAGUAGAAACAAAGACAAAAUAAAUAAAUGAAUAAUUAAAAUCAUAAAUAAAAGUAAAAGCAUAGUCCUCCAAAUAAUUUCUAAUUUGAAUAAAAUGAUGAGAUAGGUUAGAAUGGUUAUCCAAUAUGGUAGGAUUGA